AUGCGAAGUGAAAUUCUGAAUUUUCCCAUCUAUAAAUACCUGGAUUCAUCGUUUCUAGGGCAAUUUAUUGGACAAGAAGGAACUAAUAUUCACAAAAUUGAAAAGGAUAAUAAAGUUGCAUUGGAUAUCUACAAAAAUGACGCAGAAGAAACAAUGGUUCGAAUAACAGGACCAUAUUGGAACUUGAAGUUGGCUCUGAAUGAUGUGAUGGUUUUGGUUGCUAAAAUUCGUAACAAUAAUCAACAGUAUAAUUUUAAAAUUCCUCCAAAAGACAUUGGAUUCCUCAUCGGCAAAAACGGCGCAAAAAUCAACGAAAUCAAGUUGAGUUCAAAUGUAGACGUUCGUUUUGAGAGAGGCGACGAAUUAGGAAAAUACGAAUCGGACUGUGAAGAAACUGCAAAAAUGCUGGGUAGUGUAAUCCGGCAGGCAGUUUCGAGACAAGUCAUCAGAAAGUCUCCAAUCUCCACAACUUCUGUUGUAUCACAAACUAUCGAAACCAAGACAGAUGCUCCGAAAAAACCAACUAUCUGGAAGAUUGACGAGAAGAAGCGUGAGCGAUUAGCUAACUUUGGAAAGUAUGCUGCCGAGUGCUUGCCGAAAUUCGUGCAGAAAGUACAAUUCGCUGCAGGAGAUGAGCUGGAACUCUUGAUUCAUCCUUCUGGAGUCGUCCCAGUUCUUUCGUUCCUCAAGGGAAACCAUUCUGCCCAGUUCACCAACCUAACUUUCAUCACUGGAAUGGAUGUUCCAACCCGCAAGAACCGUCUUGAGGUCAUCUACGCUCUUUACUCGGUUCGAUUUAACGCGAGAGUUCGUGUUCGCACCUACACUGACGAAAUUGCCCCAAUCGAUUCUGUUACCCCAGUUUUCAAGGGAGCUGAUUGGUACGAGCGUGAAGUAUACGACAUGUACGGAGUAUGGUUCAAUAAUCAUCCGGAUCUUCGCCGAAUCCUCACUGACUAUGGAUUCGAGGGACAUCCGUUCCGCAAGGAUUAUCCACUCUCUGGAUACAAUGAAGUCCGUUAUGAUCCAGAAUUGAAGCGUGUCGUCUACGAACCAUCGGAGAUGGCCCAAGAAUUUCGUAAAUUCGAUUUGAACUCUCCAUGGGAGACAUUCCCAGCUUUCCGCAAUCAAUCGAUUACCAGUGGAUACGAAACUAUUCUUGAAACUGUUACUGAGAAACCAGCUACACAGAACAAGUAG